AUGUAUAAAACCUAUCAAAGGAAUAAAGUUCUUGUACAUGCACAAGCAAUACAUUUUGGAAGUUUAUCAUAUGUACUUUGGUUAAAAAAACUUUUGAGGAUUUAUGGAUACAACUUUACAUUUGGAAUUGAACAAAAAAUAUCCGUUUAUAAAUCAAUUAGAUUAUUUCCAUGGGAUUUAAUUCUUCAAUUUUAUGUUACAAUCUUUCCAAAGGCGAUUAGAGGCAAAUCACAUAUAUUAAUGAUCAUUGUAUAUAUCGGAAAUGGUUAUGAAAUUUUUGGUAUCAUCGAAAAUUUCUAUGAUUAUUGUUCAAAUAAUUUAUUAAAUGAAAAUAUAUGUGGUUUUAAACUCUUCAUUCAAAAUGAUCCAUAUUUCCAAGUAGUUUUUGUAUUAGGUAAUAUUAAUUCGUUUGAUCGGUAUAAUUAUGAUUCUCCGAAAUACCAAGAGUUCACUUCAGAAUUUGAAUAUUACGAUAAUAUUCCGAUCAAUGAUCCGAAAGAGAUCGAGAAUGAACGGAUAGUGAUUAUAUAG